GUUCCUUGUGGUUACGUCAUCAUUGUUUACAUCACGCAGCUGGUCGAUGGCGAUCGUUGUCUUUCUUUGUUCCAACAGGUUUGAAAUAAGGCAUUUCAGCACUCUUCAAACGUUACCAUACGAUAGAUCGGGAUGAUUUAAAACGAAUAAGAGCUAUAUUUUCAAUUUCUGUUUUAAAAGUCGUCAUGUUUAAUCUCACCAGCCGUUUAGUUCAAGCCAAGGAGGCCAGUAAUCCGGCCUCUCAUCAUGAGGAUGAAACGGUGAAAGCCGGAAGACAAGCAGAAGAAAGUCUAAUCAAAGACCUUGUCCAUAGAGCUGGGGUGCCGUCCUCGUGCAUCUACCAAGGUCUUAGGGUUCCCGAUACAUUCCAGACGAGACGAUAUGAAAUAGAUGUUGUCAUUUUGACAGAGUAUGGAAUCUACUGCAUUGAGGUCAAAAACUGGUCUGGGAAGAUAUCACUGAGCAAAAACGGCAAAUCAUGGGUCCGACAAAAAAACGUCAAAGACUCUAACACUCGAUCAAGUGUGACCUACGAUGAAUCACACACUAAUAUCCUCCAAGAACUCAAAUCUAAGACUCGGCUAAUCAGGAACAAUCUGCUGAGGAAUGAAGCCUGUCUGGCAGAGAAAUUCUUCUUCUCCAGGGUAGUUUUGAUGAAUCCCAAAUCGGAGUUGGAUAAUUCGUUGUGGAAAGAGAAUGAGAUCGUGACCCCCGAUAGGUACCCGUUGUUCCUGGAUUCACUGAAGUCGAGCUACACAGGCAAGGUGGCCGGGUCUAUCGUCCCUUCUUUUAUCACAGGUCAGUUAUCAUACAGUGCUAUGGAAUCGGCCAGGCAUGCGUUAAACCAAAUAGGAACCUGGGACAUAGUGCAUUUACAUGGUGGAAAACAAAUAAUCGGUGACUACAAGGGAAAUAAAGACCUCAUUCUGAAUAGGAAGACAGCAUCUCGGAUGGAAUUCAAGCAUCAGCGUAGCUCAGUCCUCGGAUCCCUUUGGGCAGUCAUGGGAUUCACUCCUCAAGUGGCAGUGACGAUCUACAAGCGCGGAGGAGAAGGAUGGUUAUGGAAUGCCACUUGUGCCCAGGUCAGUGUGUCGUACGAUGCAGAAAUCUCAUUCCGAGCCGCUGGGGCGGAGGUCGACGCCAAGAUACAGGCCAAUGACAUUGAGAGUAUCACCUUGAGCACGUAGCUACGUUCUGGUGAUGAGGUUGGUUUUAAAUUUCAAUCCGAUGACAUUCAUCAUGAGUAGGCACCUACAUCAGGGUGAAAAGGUUGGCUAUUAUAUACAACCUGAUGACUUUGAAAGUAACAUCUGGAAUCUGGAGUACAUAGCUAUCUUGGUUAUGACGAUGGUUCUACAUUGAAGUAUCUGGAGCUCUUUCUACUAGCUACAUCCUGGCGAAGAGGUGAAAUUUCAACUCAAGGACAUUGAAACUAUCAUUUUGAGCAAAUGCACAUUCAUCCGGUUACGAGGUUGGUUCUACAAUGUAAAAUGGAACCCAAUGAUGUUGAAAGUAGCAUUUCAAGUACACAGCCGCAUCAUGGGGAAGAGGUUGAUUCUGAAAUACAGUUCUAUGAAGUACAUGUAUUCUUUGGCAUGUAAAUGUGCACCAAGCUAUUGAGAUACUAGUCAUACAGUGUGUCCAACAAAAAGGGAACCUGUUUUCAGAGAUAGAUUCCACAAUUAUUACAUAUGUUUUUACUAUAAAUUUGGUUCUCAUGGCAAGAGUGGAAUCUCAUCUCUAAUUUAGAACCAACAGCAUAGCAAAUCGUUCAUGCAUGACAGAUUACAAACAAUAAAUAUUCAGACAUAUCAGAAACGAUUUACGCAGAAAUUCCCAUGUGAAUCUGAAUCUACUCUCAUUUCAGGGAUCAGUGAGAGAAUCUUAAAAAAGAAUACAAAGAAAUGCUCAUGAGCCAGACGUCGAGUAAGCACGGUCGUUGUAUCACGAACCAAUCUUGUCAAAUUUUUCUGCGCAAUCUAAUUUUGACAUAAAAAUUUCAAACCGGUCUUUAUUAAUGCGUGAAGUGUUUGUCUCAUAUUAGGUAUCAUAUUAAAGAGAAAUAAUUGAAUUAUAUGAUUAUGUAAAUAAAAUAUCAUAAUUCAUUUGCCUUUGAAGAAAAAAAGACAUGGGAAUCCCGGUUUCCUUUUAUCUGGAACACACUGUACACUGUAUGAAAUGCAUCAACCUAGCUAGCUGCUUGAUCCUGGAGAAGAGGUUGGUGAUAAGAUACUUGCACACCAGUGACAUUGAAGGUGUGUCAUCUUGAGCACACAUGUUGCUGCUUCUGGUAUAACAGUUAGUUUUCAAAUACACAUAUUUGUACAAGCCAUCUCAAAAUUGGAAGUAUCGUCUUGGCCGGCACGUAACUGCAUUUUCUGGAAGAGAUUGAUCAUGGUAGAAAUCCAAGAUCCCAACAUUGAAAGAUCAUUGUCCCAAGCUUAUUGUGCUAGAUGAGAGGUUGCUAUCAUUAUACAACUGAUGCUAAAUUGAUUAAAAAUAUCAAUAUCAUAUAUAAAUUCUAAAUGAACAUACAUAUAUGACCAUAUGGUUUCAAUGUUAUGUAACCAGAAUUGUUGCAGAAAAAAUGUUGGAUUUCACUUGCAUUAUUUGGAUACUAGUUGUUACACACUUGUAAUAAAUACCUUUCAAAGUUUUUCUCUACUAAAUUAAAAAUUUAUUUCAUUUUUUUAUGACCUACUAAAUGCUGCCAAAAAUGUAUAUUUUAUUGACACGAUACUGAUAUUGAAACCUUUAUUAGUCCUCUUUCAUACAUAUACAUGUAGUUAUAAAUGAAUUGUAAUAAUCUUGUGCUAUAUAGUCUGACCUCGUGUAGAUCUUUGGUACAACUUUCAUGUUUUUUAUCUUGAAUACAUACAAAAUGGUGCCAUUAUUUGUAUUCCAGAAUUAGAUAUUAGUGACCAACUGAAAUAGAUACUAACUGCACUCAAUAUUUGUAUUUUUAGAAAAAAUGUCUGAUCUUUCUUUUAUUAUCUUAUUUCAUUAUUCAUAUAUCUCUCUUCUCAUGUAAUAUAUUUCCUCUCUCUUCUCAUGUAAUAUGUUUCCUCAUUAAAAUGAAUGUCAAUGAUGUUUUAAUGAUCGGUCAUUCCAAAUAUGCACACAUGCACAACAUUUCACCAUUUCAACCAUGUACAUGUAGAUUUGUAUAUUUUUAUGUCUGAACGAAUUCAAUUUUUUGUGUCAUGAGAUAUUUUUGUUUAAAAAAAUUGUAAAUACCUUAUAUAUAUAUACAUGUAAAAUCAAAUUUUAAUGUGAUGACGUUUGUACACAGGUAAAUGCAUGUUAUAAAUUUUGGUCAUAUCAUAUUGCAUUAAUUAGAGAGACAGCUAAUUUGUGGGAGAAAUUUACCAUAACAUUGGUGUUGAGUGAUCUAUGGUUUGAUUAGAAAUUACAUACAUUUUACUGUACUGGGGUGUAAUAUACAUAUGUUACGGAGCUCCUGAUAUUGUGACUAUAAACCUACCAAACAGUCCUAAAUAAGUAAUCAAAAGCUUUUGAAUAAAACUUUAAAAGUCAUGAACAAGAAUUUGAAAAAAAAACCAACAAAUAAUGGAGUCUUUCUUAUUUUCUCAGGCAGUUUAUUCUGAAGGUUUGGAGUCGCACAACUAAAAGCACAAUCGCCCCAAAUAACUUUGUAAUAAUGUAUGAAGUUUGUUCCAAUCUGCAGUUUUAAACAGAUGUCAUAUUCCAUGGCAUGUCAUUGGUUUACUUUAAGAGUUAGCUUUAUUACCCCCCCCCCCCCACACACACACACACAUAAACACACAAACAUACAGUUGAAAUGCCAUAGUAUUGUUCAUACUGUUAAAGAUAUUCCUGUCUUUACCAGGCAAGUUGUCUCAGAAAUAUGAGUUGUAAAAAAAUUAUAUAAAAUAAGAGGUUGAUUUUAAAAGUUAAGUAUUAAAGUAAAAGUCUAUGUGUUCAAUCAAAUAUUUGGUUACCUUGCCUCAGAAAUAACCAAUGGUUUCAUUUCAACUUAAUCCAGAAUAUAUAACCAAAAAUAAACUUUUUGAGACUGAUAUCUAAUUUUUGAAGUGAAUGUAUUGAUUUAAUACCUGAAUACAAAAUGCAGUUAGAAUGACUUUGAGUUAAUAUUAAGUAUUGCUGACAUAUAAGUGCAAAGAUAUUUAAUCAAAAUGAUGAUUCAACAUUUUAAUGUAAGCUACAUAAAAAUGCAAUAUUAACUUCUUGCCUGUUGAAUUUUUCUUAAGGUCAUUUGUGUAUGCAUUAUUUGGACAUUAAUAUCUUUAGUAAUUUGUCAAAUUUUGUCAUUCUCUUUUUUUGCCAAAUUUGUCAAUUGCUGAAAGUCAUAAUUAUAAUAAUGCUAAGUAUGUUUUUAAGGAAAACAUUAUGUUAAUAUAUUAACAUGCAGUAAACAGUUCAUUUGUGGUACAUGUAUAUAUUGUGACAAUGUUCAAUCUUCUCCAGGUUUAUGUCAUUAAACUUACAUACAUUUUAUGCUAAUAAAGUUAAAGUAAUUGUCUAAGCCAUUGUUUAAGUAAUAAGUAAUGAUAGCAAUGACUUGAUUCACAAGUGUCAAUUGAUCUUCAUUUGAUUUAAAGACUUAAAACUGUAAAAUAUUGUAUGUGUAAUGAAUAUAAUGGAGGUAAUAAUAAUAAUAAUAUGACAGUAAAAUGGUUAAUAGAUUUGCCACUCUAAAGUGUGCACAAUAUCUAUAAAAUUUAGAGCUACUAAACUAGAAGAAUAUUAUACAAUGUUUGCAAUAAAUAUAUGCUUCUGUUUAUUGACACCACAAAAUUAAACUUGACUUUAUUAUGGAACCAAAAAAUAUCACUCUUUCAUGAAACAAGAGAUGAUGAUUUACAAUCGUAGUAUACUUGGAGGUACGAGCAAAUGUUACAGAGGCCAAAAUCAGUUUCAAAUUUCAUUCACACCUAAGUCGCUUAACUGUUAUGCUGCAGUGAUGAACGUCAUCAAGUAAUGUCUGUUGCUCGUUUCUUGUCAAAAUGGCUCGUUGCUAUGACAACGUUACAUGCCACAACUAUACAUGUCUACCUCCGUUGAUGCAGACGAUCGUGCAUUCUAUUCAAGAAAUUGCAUUCACACCUCUCGGGAGUGUAUGACAGAACGGCAUCAUCUAUAUCUUAGCUCGUUAGUUGUACUUGUGUUCUUAUAUCACUUUGUUGUCGCACUGAAUGAUAUACAAUCGAAAUGACUCGAAGAGUAAUCGUGACGGAAACUAAUUUUGGAUGAAAACAUUUUUUUCAGUGCAUCCUUUGCGAGAAAGUAGUCUUAACAGGUAAAUUGUAGACAUGGUGGUACUAAUAGUCAAUGCAAUAUAUUCUUUUCACACAGGUUGAUUAACAUUUAUUCACAUUUAAGCCGCGUGACAUGGAUCGUUAAUUUUUCCUUUGACAAAAUAAUUCUUUAAAAACUAUGUAUAUCAUUGGAAUUAUACACACAUCAUAGAUGAAUGUUUACAUGUUAUAUUUAAAAUGGGGGAAAAAAAUCAGUCAACUCAUAAUAGUUAAAUUACCACUGGCCAUGUCAAUGAUCAUAACUACAGAUAUAGGAAUGGCACGGGAGGGGGGGGGAGGGUGACUACCCCUCCCCCAUUUCAGGUAGUGAAAGGAGGAAAGGGAAAAAUAAAUAGGAAAAAAAUAAAAAGAGAUAAUAGUAUCAAUUAAAAACAGAGGCCUUGGUCAUUUAUUAUACAAUAGUACCCCUAUUAUUUACAUGUAUAUAAAAAAAUGACCUAAAAUUUUUUCCUGCCCCCUUUUUAUUGAAAAUAAGAAUAAUUGCCUUUCCUCCAUGUCCUCAAUUACUCUUCAAUUUUAGUCUGAAAUAUUUAUAGGCAUAUUUGAAUAAAAUCCUAAAGAGGUACCAUUGUGGUUUUAAAUGAAACUGGAACAAGGGCAUUAUAAAGGAGACAAAUACAUUUUUUAAAUGUACAGCCUAGCAGGUCUAGUAAGUUGUGUUUUUUGCAGUGAAUUUUGAUUCAUGUGUUUUUAUUAGGGUGGUUUUUUUUUCUUCACAUUUGCAAAUAUUACAAAUGUUUUUCAUGUGUAUACACUUGCAUUGCAAUCCAUUCUUCAUUCGAUAUGUUAAAGCUUUCUUGUAAAUGAUGAUUAGAACAAGACAUGUACAUUGUAAAUGAUGAUUGUAAUAUAUUCCAUUUUUAACCUUGUAAAUGAAAUCCAUUCCUAUAGACUAGUCACGUUUUAAUCAAGACUUUUAUUAUCUAUAAUAUCCGCAUUAUCUACCAGCUACCGUUAAAUACAAUUCUAGUCAAAAUUAUACAGGCCAUCCAUCCUAUUUACAUGGCUAUCGAUUAAAUGUUACAUUUGCAGUGUUUGCACUCAAAACCAAAAACAGUUCAUAUCGAAAUUGCUGUAAUCCUAGCCUUUAGCUGUGCAAGUCUACUUUUGAAGUGUAUUCGUACUCGAUAUGCAAUAUUUCAUCACGCUUUGAAUGCGUUUUUAAGAAGAAUUGUAUAUAUGUUCCUGUGUGCUUUUGUUAUGAACAGUGUAGCCGUGGUAUAUUUUUCCAACAGGGAAUGAUGAGAGUACAUUUUUUUUUAAAAUAAAUGUGGAAUUCUCUUA